AUGAACUCUCGCGAGGUUACUUUAGUUGCCACGGCAACUGUAAUUGGCGCCAUGGCCUCCGCAAUUGGUUUCCGCUUCUUCCGUCGCUCCCAAACCCGCCCUAAACCAUCCCAAAACGGCAUCAUUUCCUCUCCUAGAGACCCUUUCGACCCCUCUAAGCGAAAAGGAUACUUGUCUUGGGAUGACUAUUUUAUGGCAAUAGCGUUUUUGUCAGCUGAGAGAUCCAAAGACCCUAACAGGCAGGUUGGGGCUUGUUUGGUGAGUCAAGAUGGCAUAAUUCUUGGAAUUGGUUAUAAUGGGUUUCCAAGAGGUUGUUCUGAUGAUAACCUACCCUGGGCAAAGAAAUCCAGGACUGGGAAUCCUUUGGAGACAAAGUACCCUUAUGUUUGUCAUGCAGAAGUAAAUGCUAUUCUUAACACAAAUCAUGCCUCUGCUGCUGGACAACGGCUAUAUGUGACCAUGUUCCCCUGCAAUGAAUGUGCUAAGAUCAUAAUCCAGUCAGGAGUUUCUGAAGUAAUUUAUUUUGUGGAGAAGAGAUUAGAAAAUUCGGAUAUUGCAUAUAUAGCCUCUCACAAGCUACUUUCAUUAGCUGGUGUAAAGGUCAGGAAACAUCAACCACUGAUGAGUGAAAUUCAUCUGAAGUUUGAGGAGCACUAG